GCGAGGGGAGACCCAGCCAGCCCGGCCUUAUACGAGCCGCUCCGACGUAAUUGCAACGGGGCUCCGAGCGCGCAGCCAGCACCACCGCCGCCGCCUUCAUCCCGGCCUGAAAGGAAACGGAUCGGCUCCGGCACUGGCGGGGGAGCCUUUCGGACGGAGCCAGAGAAAGGGGGCCAACUUGAGCAAACUAACGUUGCUAUGCCUUUUUCUCCAUCCUUGUGGACGGACAAUGGAAGGACACACUUCUCUUUGCCUUGACCAGAAGCAGAAUGAUUGGAGGAAUGAGAUGGUGACGUGGCCCUGAGAAUCUUUUCCACGUUCAAGAUAUACUCCUGAAGUAAAAGAGAUGCAUCUGGGGCUUUGGACGCUCUUAAUUCUCUGAAGAAGUCCUUCUUCACCAAUUUCCUCCCGUCGUGGAUCGAUCCAGGGCUGAAACUUUGCAGGCUGCCUUGGCUCCAUCUUGUUUCGCCAUCUCCGGGGUGCCACCAUUUUGUGGUGCAUUGUCGGCCAGUUGUUCUGCGAGACGCGUUCGUUGCUUCUUCUUGCCCAGAACACUGGAAGUCAGAUUGCGCCUCACCCUCCCUUCCCCUUGGAUCUAUACACCUCUUCUCUCGGUUCUUUCCUUCUCCUACCUCAAAAGCCGAUCUGAAAAAGUUUAAACAUUUUCCAAAAACGGUUAUCCAAAAUGACAAGCCUGUUCCGACGGAGCAGCAGCAAUGGCGGCUCGAGGAACAGCUCUUCGGCUCAAGAACUUAACAAUAGCCGCCCCGCCAGGCAAGUACGGAGGCUGGAGUUUAACCAGGCGAUGGAGGAUUUCAAGACCAUGUUCCCCAAUAUGGAUUAUGACAUCAUUGAAUGCGUCUUGAGGGCCAACAAUGGUGCAGUAGAUGCCACCAUCGAUCAGCUGCUACAGAUGAAUUUGGACUGCAGCGAGUGUGACGAGAGUUCAGAUUCGGAUGACAGCAUUCCUCCGGAGAUUCUGGAACGGACUUUGGAGCCAGACAGUUCAGACGAGGAGCCCCCUCCAGUGUAUUCCCCUCCUUCCUACGAUAUGCACGUAUAUGACCGAAAGUACAUGGAGACCCCUCCAGUUCCACCACCCAGAACUGAUGUCCAAAAUUCCAGCGACUCACAAGCACAAAGACGAUACAGGGACUGGAACCCACCAUUAUUAGGGAAUCUUCCGGAUGACUUUCUCCGCAUCUUACCACAGCAAAUGGAUAUGGUGCAGAGCACCCAAAACUGUCAUCAAAGCACACAGAGUCCGGGGAACCAGAGGGCUCAGGGAUCAUUGGAUCAGGAGAAGAAAUGGAAGCAGUAUUUGGAAGACGAACGGAUUGCUCUGUUCCUCCAGAAUGAGGAAUUCAUGAAGGAGCUCCAGAGAAACCGAGAUUUCCUCCUGGCCCUUGAAAGAGAUCGGUUAAAGUACGAAUCAAAGAAAUCCAGAAUGAACAGCGCUGCCCUCAGUUCAGAUCCCGCUUUGUCCUCAGUAUUAUCAGAUGAGGUCACUCGCUCCUUAACCGGUGUGCCCAGCGGGGCUAUCUCCGAUGAUGCCUUAUUCAGGGACAAGUUAAAACACAUGGGAAAAUCGACACGCAAGAAAUUGUUUGAACUUGCCAGAGCUUUCUCAGAAAAGACCAAAAUGAGGAAGUCAAAAAGAAAACAGCUUUUGAAGCACCAAAUGAUGGGGACGGCAGCUUCCACAGCAAACCUUCUUGAUGACGUUGAAGGACAUUCAUGUGAUGAGGACUGCCAAAUAAGAAGAAAAUUACCUGCAGCAGAAGAGCCAUCAAAAGAAGUACAAUAAGAUCCAGAAUUGUCAAUUGAGGGAGGGGGUGGAAGCCAAAUAAGAUGAGAAACCAUGAUGGUUAAAAGGGAAGAUAGUUUUUAUGCUGAUGACUCUAUUCUGGAACGAUCCGAAGUCAACAUAUGAAGGCAUGUUUUGAUUUUUUUAAUCCAGUGACUAAGAAUUUGGGUCUUAACCUCUUCUAUCUUUUUUCAACUCUGAGGAAUCCAGCUCCCCACCACCAUCAAAAAAAAGGAGGGAGAGAGAAAAAACUGGCAACUGACCUAAUCUUUUAUACACCAAUCUUUGAAGCUGGAUAACGAUAAUCUAUUAUUUCAAAUGUGGUUCGGAUGUAUGAAAGAAAAACCGCACCAUUGUUCCAAAGUGGUUGCUGGCUGCUGUUUUCAAACCAUGACUUUUGAACGAAUUGAUACGUGUGUCCUUUCAUUCAGAGAGAGGAUGGGCCCUCCAGAUUUUGCUGUAUUGUGGAUGAUGAUUUUUACUAUAAUUAUAUAAUUAUUGCUGCUAAUAGAAAAGAUACCUGAAUCAUGCUGUUUGAGUGUGAUAGUCAGAAUAAUAUAAUUUUUCCCUCCUCCACGAAAAAAUGUCCCUGCAGAUCCCUUCCACAAUUAGAAGCCGUUUGUGAUAGAUAUUUCCCCUUAUUCAGGGGUGUCUGUGGGAGUGAGGGUGUCAAAAAAGUCAAGACAGCACCUCCAAACAAGAUAAAAACUCCACUUUUUUUUCAAAAUAUUUCCUUUAAUCAAGUUUUACAAAACACAGUCAAUCCAACACAUCUUCUAAUAAAGAGCAGAAGAAAGAAAGAAAAAGAAAAGAAAAGAAAGAGUUCUGAUUUCUUUGUAUUCCUUUGCAGCAAAUAUACAGUUAUAAAAUUACUGCAUGAUUUUAAAAAGACCCUCAUUUUUUUAAAUUAUUCAUUUUUUCCCCUAAUCAUGAUUACCACAAAUCAUAACUGCAUUUUUUUCUGUUGCGUGCGAAAAGUCUAUGAGAGUUUCCAGGUGAUCAUAAAUGUAGAUAUUUGUUUUUUUCCCCAAACCAAAGAGGUUAAUUGAACCAUCUCCGCAAGUUCUAUCAUUUUUACCAAUCAUUCCUCUGUUGUAGGCACCAUAGUGCUGAGCUCUUCCAUUUUUUCAGCAUAGAAUAAUCUUUCUACAGUUGUCAUAAAGAAAAAGUUCUGAGAUUUUUUUCCCCUAGUUGUUUGUUCAUUAGCCGAAAAGAAAAGCCUCUGGUUUCAGCUAUACUUCAAGAUCUUCUGAAUUAAUGCAUGUAUUUCUAUCCAAUAUGUUUUGGCCUUUUUUACAAGUCCAUCA